GUUUAUUCCCUCCGUGUCCUCCAUUCCAUUUCCAUUACAUAUCACGCGAAUCAGAAUAAAACGGAGGUGAAGGAAUCCUGUUGGCCGAUUCUGAAAGCUUUCCGCUUUUAUAUUUUUACCUUUUAUUCCUUCUCCACUAUCAUAUUCGCAGUCAUUUUAUCUAAAUGACUCCCUGUUCCAAGAUGCUUAUAACCUGUCUUUUCUUUGAUUCGCUCGCCCAGCCGUCCAUUGCAUUUCUAUCUCUUACUGCCAAGAAGGAUUCCUGUUCUAGAAAUUAAAAGCAUUCCACUAACGGGUGGGAUUGAAUGAUGAGAUGCUGUGAAAUUGAUAGAAAAAAAAAAGAUAAAAAAAAAGAGUUGUAGCGAGGUGCGUGGAGUAGAUACAGCAUGAAGCCAGAGAUUGGACAAUUGUUCCUUCUUUUUCUCUUCUGCGUCGUUACUGCUGCUUCCGAGGAUGGAACUGGUGGAGAUUACGGCGUUCUGAUGACACUGAAGUCCAAAUUGUUGGGGCCCGGAGGCUCCGGCCUUAGCGACUGGGGCGCCGCCCAAUCCACUGAGCACUGCUCCUUCUCCGGCAUCACCUGCGACGGCGACUCUCGAGUGGUCGCCGUCUGCAUCACCUCUGUCCAGCUCAACGGCACUCUCCCGCCGGAGGUUGGCCUCCUCCGCCGCCUCGUCAACCUCACUCUCUCCAACGCCGGCGUCGUCGGCCCGCUUCCCCUGGAACUGACCUCCCUUCCCUCCCUCCGCUUCCUCAAUAUCUCCAACAACAACUUCUCCGGCGAGUUCCCCCACUGCGGCCCGGAGGGCUUUCCGGCGCUCGAGGUCCUGGAUAUCUACAAUAACAAUCUGACCGGCUUCCUCCCUCUGGGUCUAGCCACAGCGCCGCGGCUCCGGUACCUCCACCUCGGCGGCAACUUCUUUUACGGGAAAAUCCCGGAGGCGUACUCCGAGAUCAAGAACCUCGAGUACCUCGGCCUCAACGGUAACAGCCUCACUGGCCGUGUGCCCGCCAGCCUCAGCCGGCUCUCGAAGCUGAAGGAGAUGUAUAUUGGAUACUUCAAUACGUUCUCCGGUGGGGUGCCGCCGCAGUUUGGGAGGAUGUCGUCGUUGGUCCGGCUCGACAUGGGAGGGUGCAACCUCACCGGCACCAUUCCGGCGAGUCUAGGACAAUUGAAGAAUCUCGAUACCCUGUUCCUCCAGAUCAACAAUCUGACCGGCACCAUCCCCCCUGAACUCGGUGGACUCGCUCAUCUGAAAUCGCUCGACCUCUCCAUCAACGAGCUCACCGGCGAGAUACCGCAGAGCUUCGCGGAGCUGAAGGAGCUCACGCUGCUGAGCCUCUUCCGCAACCAUAUACAAGGUCCCAUCCCGUCUUACAUUGGAGAGCUUCCCAAUCUCGAAGUGCUCCAACUGUGGGACAACAACUUUACCAUGUGCCUCCCGGAGUCGCUUGGACGGAACGGCCGGUUCUUGAAGCUGGACGUGGCCUGGAACCGAAUCACGGGGGCGAUUCCACCGGAUCUCUGCGCCAGCGGCCGGCUCGACACGCUGGUUAUCAUGGGCAAUGGCCUGUACGGAGAGAUUCCGGCCAAGCUCGGCAAUUGCACUUCGCUGACUCGGGUUCGACUCGCGAAGAACUUCUUGAACGGGAUGAUCCCUGCUGGGUUCUUCAGUUUGCCCUCCAACACCAUGCUCGAGCUCAACGAUAACUACCUGUCCGGCGAAUUGCCGACGGUGAUGGCAGGCGAUGUGCUUUCCAAACUCGACCUGUCGAACAAUCUCAUAUCAGGCCCCAUCCCGUCGGCGAUUGGCAAGCUUUCCGCCUUACAAACUCUUUCGCUCGAUUCGAAUCGGUUCUCCGGCGCGAUUCCGCCGGAGGUAGGGCAGCUAAAGAACCUGUCGAAGUUGGAUUUGAGCGGAAACGACCUCAACGGUGAGAUUCCCAAGGAUCUCACACGCUGUUUGUCACUCGUCACCGUGGACCUCAGCCGGAAUCAGUUAACUGGAAGCAUUCCGAAGGAGGUCGUGGCGCUCCAAAAUCUCAACACUUUAAACCUCUCCCGAAAUAAUAUCUCAGGUGGAAUCCCGACGGAGAUUCAACGUAUGCGGAGCCUCACCGCGUUCGACGUAUCCUACAACCGCGUCUCAGGGCUGGUACCAGCGCAGGGCCAAUUCCUAGUCUUCAACGAGAGCGGAUUCGUGGGGAACCCGGAGCUCUGCGGCCCACGGCUCCAGUUGCCUUGCGUAGCGGCGGACGGAGGAGGUACGGUUGACCGGCAGCGGCGCAGUCUGAAUGACGCCAAGCGGGUGCUGCCAUUGGCGGGGCUCGCAGCGGUCGCCAUCGUGCCCCUGCUCGCGGCGGCGGUGAAGGGCUGGAGGUGGUGGAGGGAAAGGAAGGGCCGGAAGAAGACUUGGAAGAUGACGACGUUUCAAAAGCUGAACUUCACGGUGGAGGACGUGAUGGAGUGCCUGAAGGAGGACAACGUGAUUGGGAAGGGCGGCGCCGGGAUCGUGUACAGGGGCAGCAUGGCCAGCAGGGAGGAGGUGGCGAUCAAGCGCCUCGUAGGCCGUGGCGGGGGGUCGGAGCACGACAGGGGGUUCACCGCCGAGGUGGCGACGCUGGGAAGGAUCCGCCACCGCAACAUCGUGCGCUUGUUGGGCUUCGUCUCCAACAGGGAGACCAAUCUCCUGCUCUACGAGUACAUGCCCCACGGGAGCUUGGGGGAGAUGUUGCACAGCAGCAAGGGAGCGCACCUUGGGUGGCAGGCGCGGUGGCGCAUCGCGGCGGAAGCCGCCAAGGGGCUCUGCUACCUCCACCAUGAUUGCUCUCCGCUCAUCCUCCACCGCGACGUCAAGUCCAACAACAUUCUCCUCGACUCCAACUUUGAGGCGCACGUCGCCGACUUUGGCCUAGCCAAGUUCCUCCAUGACACCGGCGCCUCGGAGUGCGUCUCCUCCAUCGCCGGCUCCUACGGCUACAUCGCCCCCGAAUACGCAUACACACUUCGAGUGGACGAAAAGAGCGACGUGUAUAGCUUCGGCGUGGUGUUGCUCGAGCUGAUCACCGGGCAACGGCCAGUGGGCGGGUUCGGCGACGGCGUCGACAUUGUGCGAUGGGUCCGGAAGACGAUAUCGGAAGCGAAUGCGGAGAGUGAUGCAGCAGCCGUUAUGUCGAUUGUGGACGGCAGGCUGACGCCGAGUCCAGAGACGUUGAUCACUAACCUGUUCAAGGUGGCAAUGCUCUGCGUGGAGGAGCAGAGCACCGACCGGCCGACGAUGAGGGAGGUGGUCCACAUGCUCUCUAAUCCCAAUUCCGCCGCCCGCUGAUGAUCUCCUCCUCCAUGGCUUAUCAUGCUCGUUCUUGAUAUAUGAUGAUGUACAUAUUCACUUCUUUUGGUUGAUUUAUGCCCUGCUAUAUUAGAAUUACUGAAUCAUAUGUUUGAAGCAUAUUGUAAUAAUAAUUUUGUAGUUGUAAUACAAUAAUAUGUGAGUGAA